AUGUCUUUGGAAGCUUCACUUGAGAACCUGUUGAGAAGACUCGACCAGACCACUGCCCGUCUCGAGGCUGUUGAGAAGUCAUUGGCCACUGGUGCUGCUGCCCCAGCUGCUGGUGGUGCUGCUCCAUCUGCUGCCGCCCCAUCCGGUGCCACCGUCACUGAGUUCCAGAACCUCAUUGACCAAUACAUCACCCCACUCGCCAACCUCUCUGCCAAGCUUGACCCAGUUCUUGCCAAACAGACCUCCGAGUUGGUUUCAGCAUUGCAGGCUGAGAAGUCUUUGAUUGGAAUUGCAGCCACCUCCAAGAAGCCAUCCCAGGAUGCUCUUUUGGCUUUGAUCCAGCCAAUCAACACUCACGCCCAACAGGUCGAAUCCAUCCGUAACUCGAACAGAACCUCAAAGGUGUUCAACAACCUUUCUGCCCUCUCUGAGAGCAUUGGAUUCCUCAGCUGGGUUGUCGUUGAGCCAACCCCAGCUCCCCACGUUGCCGAGAUGAAGGGCUCAUGUGAGUUCUACACCAACAGAAUCUUGAAGGAGUUCAAGGGAGUUAACCAAGAUCAACUUGAUUGGGUUCACGCUCUUAUUGGAUUCUUCAAUGAUCUCCAGAAAUAUAUUAAGCAACACCACACCACUGGUUUGGCAUGGAACGCCAGAGGAGGCAAUGCUCCAGCCUCUGUUGGUGCUGCUGCUUCUACCCCAGCCCCAGCUCCACCCGCUGGAGGUGCUCCACCCCCUCCACCACCUCCCCCCGCUGGAUUCUUUGAUGACGUCUCCAAGCCAACCAAGGCCGCCCCAGACAUGUCCGCUGUCUUUAGCGCACUUGGCAAGGGUGAGGGUGUCACCUCUGGCCUGAAGAAGGUCACCAACGACAUGAAGUCAAAGAACAACCCCAACAAGUCAAGCGUCGUCAAGGCUGACGCCAUCAAGUCCACCGUGUCCACCACCACCCCCACCGGCAAACCAGCCGUCGUCAAGCCACCAAAGUUUGCCCUCGAGUCCAACAAGUGGUGCGUUGAGUUCCAGGUUGGAAACAAGAACAUCGUCAUUGGCGAGACCGACUCUAGACAGACCGUCUACAUCUACCAGUGCACUGACUCUGUCAUCCAGAUCAAGGGCAAGAUCAAUGCCAUCACUCUGGACAACUGCAAGAAGACCGCCGUCGUCUUUGAGAACGCCGUCGCCUCCUGUGAGAUUGUCAACUGUAACUCUGUUGAGGUCCAGGUCACUGGAAAGGUUCCAGCCAUGGCCAUUGACAAGUGCAACGGUUGCCAGAUCUACUUGAGCAAGGACUCACUCGAGACCGAGUUUGUCACCUCCAAGUCCUCAGAGAUGAACAUCCUCAUCCCAGGUGCCACCGCCAACGACGAUAUGAUCGAGAUUGCCGUCCCAGAGCAAUUCAAGACCGUCGUCCGUGGCAACAGGUUGGUCACUGAGUCAAUGUCCCACAUCUAA